CCCGCUCCCGCUCUCACUAGUCGAACGGUGCCCGACCGGUAACGUAGCGCCGACUGCCGAUCGAGAGACGAACAGCGACAAUGUCCGCCGUGGCGAAGACUUCCAAGUACACCUACCGCAGCAGCGGCGGAGGCACCACCGACGUCAACAUCGAGUACAGUGCCGACCUGAGUGCUCUCUCCAGACUGGAGGACAAGAUCCGUCUCCUCCAUGAUGAUCUGGAAUCCGAAAGGGAGCUGCGUCAGAGGAUCGAGAGGGAGAAGGCAGAUUUGAGCGUGCAAGUCAUCCAGCUCUCUGAGAGGCUCGAGGAAGCUGAAGGCGGAGCCGAAAGUCAGUUCGAGAUCAACAGGAAACGCGACACCGAACUCACCAAGCUCCGCAAAUUACUGGAAGAUGUCCACUUGGAGUCCGAGGAAACCACCCACCUGCUUAAGAAGAAGCACCAGGAGAUCGUCAAUGACUUCCAGGAACAAAUCGACCAGCUUUCCAAGAGCAAAGCCAGGAGUGAGAAGGAAAAGUCCAAGUUCCAGGCUGAGGUUUACGAGCUGUUGGCCCAAGUGGAGAAUGUGACGAAGGAGAAGAUCACCAUCAGCAAGACUGUGGAGAAGCUCGAAAUCACCAUCAGCGAACUGCACAUCAAGAUCGAGGAGUUGAACCGCACUAUUGUGGACAUCACCUCCCAUAAGCAGCGCCUGUCUCAGGAAAAUGUUGAGCUCAUCAAGGAAGUUCAGGACCUGAAGGUGAACAUCGAGAAUGUGGUAUACCUCAAGAGCCAGCUGGCCAGCCAACUGGAAGACUCCCGCCGCCGGCUGGAGGAUGAAGACAGGAGGCGUUCUCUGCUUGAGGCCACUCUUCACCAGGUUGAAAUCGACCUGGAGUCCGUUCGCGUGCAAUUGGAGGAGGAGUCCGAGGCCCGUUUGGACUUGGAGCGUCAAUUGGUCAAGGCCAACGGCGAGGUGCAACAUUGGCGGUCCAAGUUCGAGGCCGAAGCUGCCGCCAGGGCCGAGGAGAUCGAAGAGAUCCGCCGCAAGUACUCCGUGCGCAUUCAGGAGCAAGAGGAACAGAUCGAGACUCUUAUCGCCAAGAUCAGCAACAUUGAGAAGCAGAAGUCUCGUCUGCAGAGCGAGGUUGAGGUCUUAAUCAUCGACCUGGAGAAGGCCAACGGCACAGCUCGGGAGCUGCAGAAGAGGACUGAACAACUGGAGCGCGUGAACAUCGAGAUCAAGUCCCGCUUGGAAGAGACGGUGCAACUGUACGAGGUUUCCCAGAGGGACCUCCGCAACAAACAGACUGAACUGCAACGCGUCAGCCACGAACUCGACAAAACUCGUGAACAGAAGGACGCCCUUGGCCGCGAGAACAAGAAACUGGGUGAUGAAUUGCACGACGCCCGUGCCAACCUCACGGAGUUGACCCGCCGUCUUCACGAGCUCGAGAUCGAGCUGCGCCGUCUUGAGAACGAGCGAGAGGAACUCACCGCCGCCUACAAGGAAGCCGAGGCUGGCCGCAAAGCUGAGGAACAGCGAGCGCAGAGGCUGACGGCCGAGCUGGGCCAGUUCCGCCACGAGGCCGAGCGCCGCCUCCAGGAGAAGGAGGAAGAAAUUGAAGCUAUCCGUAAGCAGACCAGCAUAGAGAUCGAGCAGCUCAACGCUCGCGUGGUUGAGGCCGAGACCAAGUUGAAGACCGAAGUGACCCGCAUCAAGAAGAAGCUGCAGAUUCAGAUCACAGAGCUUGAACUGUCUCUGGACGUCGCUAACAAGACCAACAUUGACCUGCAGAAGACAAUCAAGAAACAAUCUCUGCAGCUCACUGAGAUCCAGACCCACUAUGAUGAGGUUCAACGCCAGCUCCAGGUGACCCUUGACCAGUAUGGUGUCGCCCAGCGCAGGAUACAGUCUCUUACCGGCGAGGUCGAAGAGAUCCGUGGCAAUUACGAGCAGGCCCUUCGCGCUAAGCGUGUCGUCGAACAAUCGUACGAGGAGGCGCAGACCCGCAUCAACGAGUUGACCGUCAUCAACGUGAACCUCUCCAGCAGCAAGGCCAAGAUCGAGCAGGAGUUGGCAGCAGUGGCCGCCGACUACGACGAGAUCACCAAGGAACUGCGUGUGGCUGACGAGAGAUACCAGCGCGUCCAGACUGAACUGAAACACACCGUUGAGCAUCUGCAUGAGGAACAGGAAAGAAUCGUCAAGAUCGAAGCCGUCAAGAAGUCUCUUGAGAUUGAAGUCAAGAAUAUUUCCGUCCGCCUGGAAGAAGUCGAGGCCAAUGCUAUCGUCGGUGGAAAGCGCAUCAUCAGUAAACUGGAGGCCCGCAUCAAGGACAUGGAACUCGAAAUGGAUGAGGAGAAGAGGAGACACGCUGAAACUAUCAAGAUCCUCCGCAAGAAGGAACGUCAACUUAAGGAGGUCAUGAUCCAAUGCGAAGAGGACCAGAAGAACAUUGUCCUCCUGCAAGACUCUCUGGAGAAGACUUCCCAAAAGGUCAACAUUUACAAGAGGCAGUUGCAGGAACAGGAGGGUGUAUCCCAGCAGAGCGUAACGAGGGUACGACGAUUCCAACGCGAACUGGAGGCCGCUGAAGACCGCGCCGACGUUGCCGAGAGCAAUCUGUCCCUCAUCCGCGCCAAGCACCGCACCUUCGUCACCACCUCCACGGUGCCCGGCUCCCAAGUCUACCUGGUGCAGGAGUCCCGCGCUCUCAGCACAGAGUGAGCCCCACACCCUCGCCCCGCCACAACAGCAUUUCUCUCUAUCAGUCAAUAUCGGGGCGCAAUUCCGGUCGGGUAUAAGCCUAGUCGUUCGUUAAGUGAUGUAUGAUCAAUACAAUAGAUGGCGCUAGUGUAUACAGUGUGCAGUAUCGCCAUCUAUUGUGUAGUUUGUGAGGCAGGGACGGGCGCUCGGCGUUAGGCUCGCCCUACAUGCGUGUCUCCACACUAUGGCCAAGCGCCGACCUUUCGUCCCAUCAUCAUUUUUUUAAUGUUAUGCUAAACAAUCAAAUAAAGGAACCAAAAACUCUAAGCUUUUUUUUCGAUAUUUUUCUAAUUAAGGUCACCGGCGCUAUAGAAUACCAAUGUCGUUAUGUACCGCAUUUUAGGUGCAGUAGUUAAAAAAAGAUUAUUUUAUAUUAUUAUUUAUUAAUUGUGCAAUACACAUUGUACGUUUGUAACUGUAACUUGUAAUAAUUAAAUAUAAAUGCUAUUUAUGUUAAAGAAACAAAAAAAGCAAUAAAAGUUCAAAAGUAA